UUCUAAGGAGACAGCAGCAAGCCAACUAGGACUCAAAGAGCUGGAACCGACCAUGAGGGACUCAGCAGGCUUCCUCCUUUGCUCGCUGCUGCUGGUGGCCCCCCAUUGCACGGAGGUGGCUGCCCAGGAUCCCCAGCCUGACCCCAAAACACCGUGCGCCAACUGGAUGGGAGGAGCACCCGGCUACCCCGGUCACAACGGGCUCCCCGGCAGGGACGGGAAAGAUGGAAAAGAUGGACUAAAGGGAGAGAAAGGAGAGCAAGGUUUGCAAGGCUCCAAAGGCGACCAAGGCGCCAUGGGAAGCGCAGGGCCAGAGGGGCCAAGAGGCUUUCCAGGACAGCCAGGGCUGAAGGGAGACAAGGGCGAAGGGGCCUAUGUUUACCGCUCCGCCUUCAGCGUGGGGCUGACGGAGCGAGCCCCCCACCCCAACGUCCCCAUCCGCUUCAGCAAGAUCUUCUACAACGAGCAGAACCACUACGACACCAGCACCGGCAAGUUCCUCUGCAGCAUCCCCGGCACCUACUACUUCGCCUACCACCUGACGGUGUACAUGUCAGACGUCAAGGUCAGCCUCUACAAGAAGGACAAGGCUGUCAUCUUCACCUACGACCAGUUCCAGACCAACAACAUCGACCAGGCGAGCGGCUCUGUCUUGCUGCACCUCAGCUCAGGGGAUGAGGUCUGGCUCCAGGUCUACGGGGAGGGGGACAACAACGGUGUCUACGCUGACAACAUCAACGAUUCCACUUUCAUGGGCUUCCUCCUGUACCCAGACAUGGAUUUCCAUUAGAGCAGGGUGUGCUGCACGGGAGAAGGCACAGCAGCUUAACCCCAGACAGAGCUCUGGGGCUCUGGCACUAUAGCUAUACUAUAUUCACCAGAAAAUUCCCUUCUGUGGGGGCAACGACUGCCAAGGGUGGACCCUACCUCCUGUAAGAUCAGUGAGGUUAUACACAAAAUGACUUGCGUGGGGCCAAGAGUUCGCUCCUACCUCUGCUCUUGCUCUCUUUGUAGAGACCUGGGCCCAAAGUCAGCCACCACAUUGUGAAACAGUAACUCUAAAGAUCAGCUGGCCUUUCUUAAAUAUCAAGCUGACCAAAACAAUGGUUAUUUUUAAAUAUCACAUUCUACAUUUCCCUUUUUUAACCACUUGGAUUCAUUUAAACCAAAGGUACAUAUUUUAGCCAGCAUUUUAAAAUUUGAAAGCCAUUGUUGUGCUUGCCUGCAGCUGGAACCGAUGGCUGCGGUUUUGCCAUUACAUCUCCCAGUCUCAUUAGGGCCUUCAAUGUCCACCCAUGGUUUGUCGUCUCCCUCUUUUAGCCCAGACCUUUGAAUAUAUUCAGAUUAUUAACUUUCA